UGCAGUUUCAUAUGUAAGGCAGUGAGUACAGUUAUUGUCCAACUUGUUACCUCCUUCCCAGGGUCUCACGUUAUAACUCAGCUUUUUCCAUUCCUGGCUAGCCACUUGAGCCAUGCCUCCAAGUUGAAGCUUUUUGCUGGUUAAUUGGAGAUAAGAGCCCCAUGAAUUGUGUGCCAUCUAAACUAUGAUUUUCAGAUCUCAGCCUCUUGAGGAGCUAGGAUUUCUAGGCAUGACCCACCAGUCAGUUUCUCAUGUAAAGCAAUUGGGUUCUACUUUCUUGUCUGUUUCAGUAACUUAUCUUUCUUCUGAAGGAAAGAAUAUGCAAUUGAGAAAGAUUCCUUGCUGGGGUGUUUUCAGAUAGUCUUUCAUACCCAUUCAUUGAACAGACCCACCACUGAAUCUGAGUAGAUGAGCUGAAGAUGAGGCUGAACAAUGGGCUGAGGUCAAAUCUUGACAUUCUGAACCACCCAGGCAUUGGGAGUCACUGUUCUUCUAAGAACAGGAAAGGAGCACAAUUGGAUUUGGCUUAUAGAAAAUAAGCACAUGAGACUUUAUGCAAGAUACAACUGGAGUAAGAGGAAUUUUGCCCCACUUUUGGGGCAUAACCAGAUAAGUAAUGUUCCAGUCCCUGCAAAUUCUCUUUGAGCUGAGAAUGAAGUAUCGCUGGGGGUGGAGCCUGAGCGCCCCCAAUUGUAGAACUCAGAGGCCUCAGAGCCCUGCUUUUCAGCCUUGAAUGUGCACCAGAUUCACCUGGAGAGCUUGUUUCCAAUUCAGUAAGUCUGAGGGGGAAGGGAUUGUCUUAGAAUUUGUGGUUUUCUUGUUGUUGUGUUUGUCUUGGGUAUUGAUGUUACUGGGGAUGGAAGUUAGGGCAAGCACUCUACCACUUAAGUCACAUUCUAUCACUUUGGCUUUUAAUUUGUUUUUAGGUAGGUAGGGUCUUUUCUUUUGCCUAGGUCAGCCUUGGACCUCAAUCUUCCUACCUGUACCUCUCAAGUAACUGGGAUUAUAGGCAUGAGCUACUAUACCUGGCUUAAAAAUUUGAAUUUUUAACCAGUUUGGAAGAAGUAUUGCUGCUGCUGCUGGUUGAAUACCUCACUGAAGAGCCUUAUCAGCUAAGGUGCAAGAAGGUUUUGAGGCCAGAUGUUAAUUGGUUUGCUUUCUUUGACAACCUAGAAUUUCACAUAUACAAGUCUGUAGUUUAGAAGUUUUUGAUGGCUCAUUGUGUUCCAUCAACAAGGCCUUGUAAUAAAAAGAUCUGUACUCUCACCAUGAUUGGUUUCUUCCAUGUCACUUUUGGAUGAGCUUUCCAAUUGUGUGAUUAUCUCUGAAGAGCCGUUCUCUGAUUGGAAAAUGCCAUCCUGGACCCCUGAUUCCAUUGGGGCAGGUGACAUUUAUGCCAGGAAAAGCUUCCUUCUUGCCAUUGAGCACAGUCUCCUAGUUGGCAGGAACUCUGAGCAGUCAGUCUCUGCACCGUGUAAGUUCUGUAGAUUAGCCAAGUUUACACAAGACAUGCCUGGGAGAUUAUCUCUUAGACCAGGAGUUAGAUUUCAAGGGCAAAGUCCACAGUUGGCAGUUGGCUUAGAGCACCUGGGAGAGAGGAUUUCACUUGGCUUUCACUUCCCCAGCGCUCAGUGCCUCUUCCCACAGAGGUCAGGUUUUCUGUCUGUUCAAGCCCACGCAGGUGACCUUGGGUCGGUUGUCUCAGAGAAGCAUGGCUCCGGGCAUUGCCCCUUGCUGUCUACUUCAGCUCCUGUGGCCUCAGGGCUCUGGGUUUGCAGAGAGCCGAAAUGACCAUGACUGCCAACAAGAAUUCCAGCAUCACCCAUGGAGCUGGAGGCACUAAGGCCCCCCGGGAGACUCUGAGCAGGUCUCAGUCAGUCUCUCCACCUCCAGUUCUGUCUCCACCGAGGAGUCCCAUCUACCCCUUCAGUGAUAGCGAAACCUCAGCUUGCAGGUUCCCCAACCGCUCCAGCUCCCGGCUCCUCCUCAAGAACCGGCAUCCCUGUGAUUCUUCACCCCCAAAUCCUCAAGAUCUCUCCCCAGAUACUUCACCACCCGCCGGUCCCCUCAAGGUCACCAGCUAUUUGGACAGAAGCCCUUCAGUGUACAAGAGAGAAGGCCAGAAGGAGCAUGUCCAGGGUGCAGCGUCGGAUGGAGAGGGGGUAGCUGCUUGCCUCCCCAUUGCCCAGAGCACCCCCUUCCUCGGGCCAGUGGCUGGCCCACACAGUGUGUUACUGACCCGCACUGGCACCCGUAGUACCCACAGUCUGGGUAUACGGGAGAAAAUCUCAGCAUGGGAAGGUCGCCGAGAGGUGUCAGCCAGGAUGAGCCUAUGUGGAGAGAAGCUGGAGGGCUCUGGGAGCGAGUGGGCGGCCAGUGAGGGCUGCCCCAGCGUGGGCUGCCCCAGCGUGGUGCCAUCUCCCUGCAGCUCAGAAAAGACCUUUGAUUUCAAGGGCCUCCGGAGGAUGAGCAGGACCUUCUCGGAGUGUUCUUACCCUGAGACCGAGGAAGAGGGAGAGGUACUCCCGGUCCGGGACUCUCUGUACCGGCCAGAGAAGCGGUCAGGCCGGGGUGAGCCCAGUGCCUUCCUCAGGGGCCAUGGCAGCAGGAAGGAGAGCUCAGCCGUGCUGAGCCGGAUCCAGAAAAUUGAACAGGCUCUCAAGGAGCAGCCAGGCCGGGGGCUCCCUCAGCUUCCCAGCAGCUGCUACAGUAUAGACCGUGGGAGAAGGAAGACGAGCACCUUGGGCACCUUGGAGGAGCCAGCAGGGAGCACGGGUGUGAGCGCUGGCAGCCAGACAGUUGGACUGGCUGGAGUUGGGGGGGAGGCAGGCCCACCACCCCUGGACAGGGAGGGCAGUGGUUCCACAAAGCCAGGAUCCCCUGGAAAUAGCCCUGGCUCCCAGCGGCUGCCAUUGAAGAGCUCCUCUGAUCCCGCUGUGAACCCUGUCCCCAAACCUAAGCGCACCUUUGAAUAUGAGGCUGACAAGAACCCCAAGAGUAAGCCAAGCAAUGGUCUACCUCCUUCGCCCACACCUGCUGCUCCACCUCCCCUGCCCUCCACCCCAGCCCCACCAAUCACCCGGAGACCCAAGAAGGACAUGCGUGGUCAUCGCAAGUCCCAGAGCAGAAAAUCUUUAGAGUUUGAGGAUGCAUCCAGUCUCCAGUCCCUGUAUCCCUCUUCUCCCACUGAAAAUGGUACUGAGAGCCAACCCAAGUUUGGAUCCAAAAGCACUUUAGAAGAGAAUGCCUAUGAAGAUAUAGUGGGAGAGCUGCCUAAGGAGAAUCCAUAUGAGGAUGUGGACUUGAAGAACCGAAGAGCAGGGCGAAAAUCCCAGCAACUGUCCGAGAACUCCUUAGACUCCUUGCACAGGAUGUGGAGUCCUCAGGACAGGAAGUACAACAACCCACCCAUGCAGCUGUCCCUGAAACCCAGCAGCCAGUCCAUGCGCAGUGGGAACUGGCCAGAAAGGAAGAGCCACCGGCUGCCACGCUUGCCUAAGAGACACAGCCAUGAUGACAUGCUGCUGCUGGCUCAGCUGAGCUUGCCAUCCUCACCUUCCAGCCUCAAUGAGGACAGCCUUAGCACCACAAGUGAGCUGCUGUCCAGCCGCCGGGCCCGCCGCAUCCCCAAGCUUGUCCAAAGAAUUAACUCCAUCUACAAUGCCAAGAGGGGAAAGAAGAGGUUAAAAAAGCUGUCUAUGUCCAGCUUUGAGACAGCAUCAUUGAGAGAUGAGAACAGUGAGAGUGAGAGUGACUCUGAUGACAGAUUCAAAGCCCACACACAGCGCCUGGUCCACAUCCAGUCCAUGCUGAAGCGUGCACCCAGUUAUCGGACAUUGGAGCUGGAGCUACUCGAGUGGCAAGAACGGGAGCUCUUUGAGUACUUUGUGGUGGUAUCCCUCAAGAAGAAGCCAUCCCGAAACACCUACCUCCCUGAAGUCUCUUACCAGUUUCCCAAGCUUGACCGACCCACCAAACAAAUGCGGGAGGCAGAAGAAAGGCUCAAAGCCAUCCCUCAGUUUUGUUUCCCAGAUGCCAAGGACUGGCUCCCUGUGUCAGAGUAUAGCAGUGAGACCUUUUCUUUCAUGCUGACUGGGGAAGAUGGUAGCAGACGCUUUGGCUACUGCAGGCGCUUACUGCCUAGUGGGAAAGGGCCUCGGUUGCCAGAGGUGUACUGUGUCAUCAGCCGCCUUGGCUGCUUCGGCUUGUUUUCCAAGGUCCUCGAUGAGGUGGAACGCCGACGUGGGAUCUCCGCGGCCUUGGUCUAUCCCUUCAUGAGAAGUCUUAUGGAGUCGCCCUUCCCGGCCCCAGGGAAGACCAUCAAAGUGAAGACUUUCCUGCCAGGUGCUGGCAAUGAGGUGUUAGAGCUGCGGCGGCCCAUGGACUCCCGCCUGGAGCAUGUGGACUUUGAGUGCCUUUUUACCUGCCUCAGUGUACGCCAGCUUAUCCGAAUCUUCGCCUCUUUGCUGCUGGAGCGCAGGGUCAUUUUCGUAGCAGAUAAGCUCAGUACCCUGUCCAGCUGCUCCCAUGCUGUGGUGGCCUUGCUCUACCCCUUCUCCUGGCAGCACACCUUCAUUCCUGUCCUUCCGGCCUCCAUGAUUGACAUCGUCUGCUGUCCCACCCCUUUCCUGGUUGGCCUGCUCUCCAGUUCCCUUCCGAAACUGAAGGAACUACCUGUGGAGGAGGCACUGAUGGUAAAUCUAGGAUCUGACCGAUUCAUCCGGCAGAUGGAUGAUGAGGACACAUUGCUACCCAGGAAGUUGCAGGCAGCUCUGGAACAGGCUCUAGAGAGGAAGAAUGAACUGAUCUCCCAGGACUCGGACAGCGACUCCGAUGAUGAAUGUAAUACCCUCAAUGGACUGGUAUCAGAGGUGUUUAUCCGAUUUUUCGUGGAGACUGUUGGGCACUACUCCCUCUUUCUGACCCAAAGUGAGAAGGGGGAGAGGGCCUUUCAGCGAGAAGCCUUCCGCAAGUCUGUGGCCUCCAAGAGCAUCCGCCGUUUUCUUGAGGUUUUUAUGGAGUCUCAGAUGUUUGCUGGCUUCAUCCAAGACAGGGAGCUACGAAAGUGUCGUGCAAAGGGCCUCUUUGAGCAACGAGUGGAGCAGUAUUUGGAAGAGCUCCCUGACACUGAGCAGAGUGGCAUGAACAAGUUUCUCCGAGGUUUGGGCAACAAAAUGAAGUUCCUCCACAAGAAGAGUUAAAACUAAGCUUUUCCCAGUAGCGGAGGAGUCCAGUGCCUUGCAGAGGCUGGUGGGGAGAGGGCUCAGCUCGGGCCCCUCUGGGCUGCUGUGGCUGCUCUGUCCCACAGACCCCACCUCCGAGCCAGCCCACCUCUGCCUUCACCACAACCACAUCCCAGGAUACUGUUUGUAAAUAAUCUGCUGUAAGCUUUCUUAACUGUUUUUGUAACAAGCAAAGAGAAUCUGGUAAAUAUUUGUAUAUUCCCAAGUGGCCGGGUGCUUUCCUGUCUGGCCUGAGCAUGGAUGGAGUAUUGCUGGGUGCUUGGUGACUGGCCAAUUACGUGCAGCUGACUGUCUCAGCCAAACCACUGAUCUUCCCUGGAGGCUUCUGGCCUGCCUGCCUGCCUGCCUGCCUGCGGCCCCUGCUGCCAGUCCCGGGCCCUGGAGAGCAGGCGCUGUCUUGUUAUGUACAGGAGGACUGUUAUUUUUAAUCUUAGAGAUUCUAUUUUUUUCUAGUAGUCACCUCCCUUUAAGCCUGUUUUCGAAAGGCAAAGGCUAUUCAGUCUCCAUUUGCAGCACGGAACCAGGUUCUGGGCCUGGUGCUCUCUUGAGAUGGUCAAGUGAAUUAUGGAUGCCCACUCCAGCUCUGCCUGUGCUCUCUGGGCUCCGCCCCCACGUGGUGGCCACAGCCAUCGAUGCGGUACAGGGCAUCCCGCCUUCCCUCAUCAGCAGGUGUUCUCAAUAAACAGUGUACAGUUAUUUGG